AUUUGCAUUAAUCUUCGCAUAGUUUGAAGCCGCGGCACACCACCUACGCACAAUGCGAGAAGAGUCUGUGCGAGCUUCGACCAACACUUGCAAUCCGUCGGAUCCUCCAAGUCUUAUAUCCACUCGGACGCUAUCUCUGUCGGAAAAGAAAGGGGUAGCGCAUCUACAGCUCAGAUGAGAUGGCAGCUGUUGACGACAGUCGACCUGAGGGCGUUUGGAGGAUGAGUGAUCGGAUAUGGAAGAAACGAAAAAUAGCAAAGAAAGGAGAGAGGGAGAGAAAGGAAAGAGAGGCAAAGAGAACUGUUUACGCAUAGCUCGAGAAGCGACGAUAAAUGGUCAGACACGGCAUCAAUGGCAAGGCGAUGAAAGGCAUCGCCAACGGCCACGCCAACGCGCCAACGGCCACGCCAACGGCCACGCCAACGGCCACGCCAACGGCCACGCCAACGGCCACGCCAACGGCCACGCCAAUGGUCACGCCAACGGCCACGCCAAUGGUCACGGAGCCGACGUCAUUAUCCUCGCUACGGAUGCCACUGGUGGUCUGGGUGCAUGCCUGGUGUUGAAUUUCGUCAAGAGCAGCCGCGUGCGCAAGGUCAACCGACGGGGAUUUCAGGAUCUCCGAAUGCGCCAGGUGGACAAUUUACAGGUGCGCGGCCUCGAUGCGUACCUUUUCGACGAGGGCGGCAAGGUGCAGCUCGUCAGAAAAUACCUCAAGAAGCCUAGUUUGGGCCUCGAGCAGUCGCUGUACGAACAGAUGCGCGACUCGGUCAGCGUCGUUGUCCGCAAUGCCUGGUGAUCCAACUGUGAGUGUGCGCUCUUGCUCUUCCUUUG